AUGCUGACAUCGGUAGAUAUAUAUAUUUUACUCAUCAUUUUUUUCUUCUUUCUUUUUCUUUUUUUCUUUUGUCUUUUUCCUUUUUCUAAUUUUUCUUCAUCUUUCUUUUACUUUUUCCUCGUUUCUCUCUUUUUGUUUUUCUUUUUUUCUCUUACUCUUUUUUCUUUCUUUAUUUCUUUUUUCUUUUUCUUUUGUCUUUUUCUUUGUCUUUUAUCUUUUUUCUUCUUUGUUUUUCUUCUUCUUUGUUUUUCUUUUUCUUCUAUUUCUUUUCUCUUUUUUCCUCUUUUCUCUCUUUUUGUUUUUCUUUUUCUCUCUUACUCUUUUCUUUCUUUCUUUUUUCUUUCUUUGAUUGAGUUUUUUUUUUUUGUUUUUCUUUCUUUUCUUACUUUUCUUUUUUUUUCUUUUUUUUCCCCUUCUUUCUCUUUUCUCCUUUUUCUCUUUCUCUCUCUCUUUUUCUCUCUCUCUUUCUCUUUCUCUCUCUCUCUCUCUCUUCUCUCUUUCUCUUUCCUCUCUCUUUCUUCUCUCUUUCUCUCUCCUCUCUCUUUCUUCUCUCUUUCUCUCUCCUUCUCCCUUUUUCUUCUCUCUUUCUCUCUCCUUCUCCCUUUUUCUUCUCUCUUUCUCUCUCCUUCUCCCUUUUUCUUCUCUCUUUCUCUCUCCUUCUCCCUUUUUCUUCUCUCUCCUCUCUCUUUCUCUCUUUUUUUCUUUCUUUCUUUCUUUCUUUCUUUGGUAAGUUUUCUUUCUUUCUUUCUUUCUUUGGUUAAGUUUUCUUUCUUUCUUUUUCUUUGGUUAAGUUUUCUUUCUUUUUUUUUCUUUGGUUAA